AUGCAUCCACCAUCUCCACCACCCUUGAAGCCAUUGCAAUCUUUGCCAUUGCACUCCAUGGCAUCUUUACCAUCUCUGGAUAGCAAACGGCUCGACCAAUUUAACAUGACAGGUCUUGCUGUGCUGUAUCAUAAUUCUACCUUUGCCCCGGGUUUCAGCAACAAUGAGCGUCAAGCAGCCACACGGGCUUUACUCAGGCAUGAUGCUCAUAUUGACAGCUCCCAUUGUCAGACUAGGACAGUGGGGGGCCUUCACCCAUCAUACAUCAGCUUCAAUUGGUCAAGCAAUUCGAACGAGGCAAAAGAGCGGUCCAUUACACCUAACAAGCUACUCGAUGCAGCCACCCAGGAUGUAUUUGACGCACUCACCACGCAAGACCGUCUUGAUGGUGGGAUAUCCCUUCUCAUUCGAUGCGCUGGCAGUGAACCUCCGCCGAAUCUCUCCCCCAAACAAAUUCCUAUUGAUGUCUAUAUCACGCCGCGCGAGUUGCAGGAAAUGCAGCAGCGAAUUGGUGGAGAUCUUGCUGUCUUAGUACAGGCAUUCACACAAGAGUUCGCAGUACCUCAUUUGCAGCAUUCUGCUACCCGCUGUGCCAUUGAAAAGGUGAAACCCAGCAGGCGCUUCCCUGCAACUCAUAUCAGCACUACCGGACCACGCUACAUCCCUCCGCCUAUGGUUGCCACAGGAGCUCAAAUCCAAUGCUCUGCACAAGCCCCAGACACCUUUUCCACCAAUCUACAGUCCCCUCUCCUUCAUUUGGACUCUGCCACUAUUCAUUGUGGUGUGGAAUUGGCUGCCAGAUCUGCGAACCGAACUACACCAUCGACGCCAUGCUCGGAGAUGCGUCAAUGCCGACCGGCUGAUGUAUUCACCAAGGCUGUCCCACUUGUUGUGGCGCCAUCUCAGGGACAAUUCACUUGCAAUCUGUCAAUGGUUGGGUCGCCGCUUAUUAGUAUUGGGCCAUAUACAGAUGCUGCACUCGAUCGGUUGAAGUUGGGUGAUGAGAAUUUGCCGAAGCUCCGAACAUUAGUAGCAGCAGUUCACAGCAGCCAGUGGGAGGCAGUGUUUAGGUCCCCGACAUGGGACUUGACUUACGAACAAGCUUCCAUCUUGUCUAAUGCCCUCCUCAUGGACCUACAGGUAGGUAUAAGGGACGUCAACCCUGAGGCCGCCAAAUUGAAGAAUCGGUCAUCAGUGCUUACCACCAUCCUCAAGAUCCUCGGCAUCUUAGUUUUCAUAUUACAGAAUGAUGUGAUACCUGAGCCUAACCACAAUGUUGACGGAGUGAAAAUUUUCUUCUCACUAAUGGUUGCCCAGUCGUUCUUUGCCAACAAGCGCAGUUCAAAUGCCAGACUCAUCCAGCCACCUGCCCGUCGACGUUCGAACAUUGUGCUCAAUGACACAUGGAAGCAGCUCGACGAUGCUACCAAAUUGACUGCGUCUUCACACCAUAAAAGUAUCUGCCAAGUUCAAAAUGAUUUAUACAUAGGUUGUGGCCUUCUCCGUUCAAAGCGCUCUAAGGCUAAUUUAUGGAAUGCGUUCUGCUGGAAGAAAAACCAAGAUAAAGAGAACAAUAGCCACGGUAAAGCGGUGCUCCAAACACUUGUCCGAGAACACAAGUCUGAAUACCUCGCACUCUCAAAUGAAGAACAAGUUGAACUUCUCGCCGAGUUCACUGAAUGGAAAGAGAUGAAGAAGACUGGUGUUCGUGUUACAGCCAAGUCGAAAAUCAACAAUAUCACGCAAACCUUGAAGGCAGUGGAAAACGAGCUCAAGAGCCUCCAUUGUCGUACAGGCGCGGAAUCUAUUCUAUACACUACACGUGGUUCUAUAGAUGUUCCCCUCCGAGGUGUCGCGUUUGCCACUCAAGGUGUUGACAACUUCAUGGACACCGUAAUGGGUAUCGAUAAUCAAGAUUUAGUCAGCAAAAUGGAAGGCUUCGCCGUCCAGGGGAUGAAAGGUUCUGCGAAAAACCACCAGAAGCGUGUCUCCGAUAAACGCGCAGAAAUCCGUGACAUCAUCAACCGAAAGCUUUAUGAUGGUGCGACUUACUGGAAGUCCUUGAGCGACGAAGAAUUCGAGAAACUCUGUCUGGAGCAUGAAGAGAAGCUCAAGAGUGGUGCGAUAAUUGAUCGCCGCCGCCGCACUCGAUCUGACAAAGGGACGAAGCGCCGCAGUGCAGCAAUACCUGCAACAACUCAUCGCAAACAUUACAAGAGUGCCGAGACUAUUGAGGACAGCGAGGCCAGUGAUGAAGAGUUACCUGAUCCAGCUGCUCGUGAUACAGAGCCACCUGUUCCUGGUGAUGACUUCAUUCCCUUUGACUGUGAUAAAGCAUUGGCUGACUUAGAUCGAAUAUUUGGCCCCACGCCAAUGUUGGAGUGA